CUCGAUAUAUAUCAACUUGACAGUCUUGAUCUCUGGACACUUAACCUGACUAUCUGACUAGUGUUUGUAAAUAAACAGUUGACUUUCUGGGUACCAGUUGUGAUAAGUGGAAAAGAAAAAAUGCCCCAAGAAUACGAUUCAAGAGCAAGUCUUCACUUAGACGUAAACCAGGGACUUGAUCGGGUAACUGAAUUGGUGCAAACAAGACUCAUCGAGAGUGGAUGGAGAGACCAAGUGAAGCUGCAUUGCCGUAAAACAAUCCUGGAGAGCGCGAAUAGCAAGCAUGUCCCUACAGUUGACGAAUUGAUAACCCAAAUCACGCCAAAAGCCAGAGGAAUGGUUCCAGAUGCUGUCAAAAGGGAACUUCUACAUGAGCUGGAAUUGAUUCUCAUGAAUGUGGAUAGAACUGGAUAUGCCAAGAACAUUUAGAACACUAUAGAAUGAUUAGGUACUUUGUUUUGCUUAUAUAGAACAAUAGGUUGAUCAACAAUAAAUAUUAUUUGAUACCUGACCCCAAAAAUUUUUGUUACCCUUCAAACCAAGCACUGCAAGGACCUGCUGCCUCUAAAUGGAAACAGAUUUUUCUAUGGUUAAAUCUUCAGGUACUUUUUGCUGUGCAGCCUUAGAGAGAAAUCUGAUAUAAACCUGGCACCUUCCCCAAGUAGGGCUCUCUCACCCUUGUUGGUAUUAAAUAUUCUAACCAACAAAAUUUAGAAUUUCCAAUAACAUUUACCUCAAAAUUCAUUUCCUAGCCCAAUUUUAAAGUUCAGAAGUUUUACUCAACAAUACCAAGUCACCCAUCCAACUAAUGCACUUCCUCCUCUUUGCUCUUGAUACAAGGAGCACUGCUUGACCACCAGACAAAUCACACACUCUGACAGACAAUGAUGAAUAGAGAUCAAAUAUUCUCUUUUUAGCUCAAGUGUUUGCAUUUGUAUCUACAUCAGUCAAGGCAGUUGAUGAUUGUCUCAUGUUACAAGACCCAAAAAUGGAGAAAUUAAUGAAAAUGUUGGGCGUGGAAAUAGAGGUAGAAGUGAAACCCCCAAGUUGUCAGUUCCUGACUACUUAUAAGAAAGACUACAUAAAGAGACCCAUCAGUUAUGAAAUACAUGAUGCCACACCGCAAGAAUUCAAAGAUCCAAUGACUGAAGGAUUCAAAAAGUAUUUAGUUAUUGAUCAAAAGGAAGUUGAAGCACCGUCUGAAGACGGAGACCGGUAUUUAGAGAAGGUAUCGUUAUUUUGCAUUUGGGUGUAUUACGUUAGAUAGAACAUAUGAAACCUAUCAUGUGAUUGUUUGUCUGAUGAAUCUUCAUAUUUCUCUGGCGAGUGAAUAAAAUCACAGAAGC